AUGCAAAAAGUACCAAGGACUCCCCUUGGGGCUCCAAUAAUGUCACCACUUCCAAGAGAUCGAGUCCUGGUCUCAAAACCGUUCCAAAACACUGGGUUUGUCUUCAUGGAGACAUUCACUUCGAAAACCCAAGGAAAAAUGUAUGUGUGCUUAUACACGCGCCUAACGACAAGAGCAGUACACCUCGAAGCUGUUGAAAACUUAUCAACAGGAGCAUUCUUAGAAAGCUUUAUACGCUUUGUGUCGCGUAAAGGUGUGCUAAAGAUCAUGCGCAGUGAUUGUGGCUCAAACCUAAAAAAUGGUGAGCGCAUCAUAGAAGUAAUAUUCAAAAAAGAUAACAAUACAGGUAGCUCUGUUAUGACCUACUGCACAAACGAACGAAUAAACUGGAUCUUCAACCCUCCAGCGCCACCAUGGAUGGGAGGCGUAUGGGAAAGACUAGUAGGAAAGGCGAAAAAGGCUCUAAACAAGUCAAUAGGACGAAGGAAGUUAAACUUCCCUGAGAUGUGUACGGUGCUGACAAGAACUGAAGCAAUUCUCAACACGAGACCGCUUACAAAAUGCGAUACUGAUGACAUCACAAAACUUCUGCUUCGCCCCAUUGAUUUCUUGCAAGGAAAUAUCAAGUAUUCCAUCCCAAAUGGAAGUGCAUUGCAUGAUCAAACAGAUCCGGAAUAUAAUCCUACGCCUAUACAAACUGAAAAACAAGCGCUGGAAGCAAUCCGUUUUUCCGAAACGAUUGCAGAAAAGUUUUGA